UCUGGGGUCUGGUGAAUGCUUGGUGGUGCGGGUCAGUCCCGAGUCCCCGGCCAUGGGAGCUGGCAGAGUCCAGGGGCAGCAGAGAGACCCCAACAGUUCAGGAAAGUAAAGAAAACUCAACAGAUUAGAAAACAACACCCCAACCCCAGCCCCGAUGCCUUCCAAACCUCAACCUGCAGCCGGAAGGGGGAAGUGAAACCCGGCUGGGGGUGGGGGCUCCGGGACGGCCGCCCCAGGAAGCGCCCAGAGCUGCAGCUCACACGCACAGCGAGGACCAUGGCGGAGGCUCCUGGCAACCCAGGCUCCGAGGAGCGGCGGGAGCUGCUGGCGGAAGAAGACACAGGGCUCGCCGCUCAGUGGAGUGUGGAGGAUGAGGAGGAGGCCGUCCGCGAGCGGCGCCGGCGGGAGAGGGAGCAGCAGCUUCGGGCUCAAGACGAAGACGAAGGAAGCCCAUCCCCAGAGCAGUCGGAGCAGGAGAAGCUCCUCAGCCCGAAGCCCUCAGAGGCCCCUGAACUGGACGAGGAUGAGGGCUUUGGCGACUGGUCCCAGAAGCCGGAGCAGCAGCGGCAGCAGCACUGGGGUGCUGGGGAGACCACGGAUGCGGGGGACCCCCCUGGGGGCGAGAGUCCGGAGGGGACGCAGGAGGACGACAGGCCCCACCAGCGCACCUCUGGGACCCAGGGUGCCGACGAGCUGAGCCCAGCUGAGGUCCGUCUGGAGGAGCUGCAUCUGAGCCCUGACUUGGAGCCCCGGGAGGGGCUGGCCGCAGAGGCCCCAGAGCCCAGCGGGUCCGAGGAGCCCGUGCAGGGCAGCCCAGGGCUGGUGGGGACCGAGGAGGCAGAGGUGCAGCACCAGAGCUGCCGACAGCCCAGGACACCCAGCCCCCUGGUCUUGGAGGGGACCGAAGUGGGCUCGCCUCCCCUGAGCCCCAGCACCAAACUCAGCGACAGAACCGAGUCCCUGAACCGCUCCAUUAAGAAGAGUAACAGUGUGAAGAGGUCCCAGCCGGCCCUGCCCAUCUCCAAGAUUGAUGAGCGGCUGGAGCAGUACACCCAGGCCGUUGAGACCGCGGGCCGGACCCCCAAGCUCACCCGCCAGCCCUCCAUCGAGCUGCCCAGCAUGGCUGUGGCGAGCACUAAGAGCCGCUGGGAGACGGGAGAGGUGCAGGCUCAGUCGGCCGCCAAGUCCGCCCCCUGCAAGGAUAUUGUGGCCGGAGACAUGAGCAGGCGGGAUCUCUGGGAGCAGAAGGGAGGCCCCAAGACUUCGUCCACGGUCAAGAGCACCCCGUCUGGGAAGAGGUACAAGUUUGUGGCCACCGGACAUGGAAAGUAUGAGAAGGUGCUUGUGGACGAGGGCCCGGCGCCCUAGGCCCAUCCGCCUGCUUUCCCAGGAGCAGGGCACAGGCCAGCAGCACGUCCUGCCUCCGAGUCUGCACGCCCAGGGGAGAACCUGGCCAGAUCCGCCCUCACGCCCCCCGAACCCGACCUUGCCGAAGAAGCUGCUUCUCACACCUGCUCUCGCCCCGCAACCCUGGCAGCUCUUGCUUCGGGGCCUGCCAACCUCGCCCUCCAAUGUGGCGCUCACUGCCCCCACAGUUCCGGGAGGAGAGGAACUCCGGCUGUUGGUUGGUAAAGGGACCCUCUCCAGAGAAGCCACAAGCUCCCAGGGAAGGCGCCGUCAGUGCUGGGAGCGGCCACGUGCCGGAGUCUCCAGGUCAAGAGCCACAACCCCUGCCCUGCCUGCACUGUCCCCCCGCCCCCCGCUGUCCAGUAAAGCUCCCAUGUGUCUCCA